CAGACUUACUGUGGGUUCCCUUUUUCCAUCCCCCGUUCCCCGGCUCUCCUUCUCCCUUCUCUCUCCCCUUCACUUCACCACCACCACCACCACCACCACCACCACACUAGGUCGAUUGUUGUUAUAUCACCUCCCACGCUCCCUCACCCUCACUCUCUCUUCCUUCAAUCCAACAAUCCCCGCGUUCACUCUUUCACGCGAGUCUUGGUCAUUGUCGGAGUCACUCCUUUAUUCAAACAAUAGUCGUUCACUACUCACACUCGAAACAAUCAAUCAAUACCCAAAGGCACAUAGACCUUUCGCCGUCCUUAUCAACGAUAUCCCUCAUACCUGCAUCUUCGGCAGCUUUUUGAAAUCGAACAUCGAAUUCACAACCGUACAUCCAACAUGCGUUUUACUUCUGCUGCGGUGCUGAGCACCCUCGCUGUCGGCCAGGCCGCCGCUGCCAACAUCCGUCACGCCAGCUUCCACGCCCGCCGUGCUGUUGAGAAGCGCGAGGACAAGCCCGUCGACUGGGCCAGCGUCACCUACGACCUCAAGAACGUCGAUUGGUCCAAGGUCAACUGGAACAGCGUCUUCAGCUCUUCGGCCACUCCCUCCUCCACUCCCCCUCCCAAGGUCGAGGAGGUCAAGGUCGAGGCUGUCUCUACCCCGACUCCCACCCCGACUCCUACUCCCUCCUCCACCUCGGCCGCUCCUGCUGAGAAGACCGAGAAGCCCAACGUCGUCGAGCACAUCACCAACGACAUCCUGAGCGGCCUCGACUCCUUCCUCUCCAAGCUCGGCAUCUCCCAGAAGGGUGCCAACUCCUAUGAGCCCAACGGUGGCAUCUGGCUCGGCGACAGCGACUGGUCUGCCGAGUUCACCAACGGCGGCAGCAAGGACGUGAAGCUCUUCUGCUGGAAGGCCAACGGCUUCUCUGGCAUGUCCCUCAACGUCAACCAGCCCGCCAUCUCCAUCAACCUCGCCCCCGGCGCCUCCCAGAACGUCUCCUUCGCCGAGGGCGUUCCCUCCUCUUGCGCUCCUGCCGACGACAGCACCUCGCUUGCCAUGUUCGGUGGUAUCCAGAACACCUGGUGGGAGGUCACCUUCGGCUCCACCGGUGCCUUCGAUGUCAGCCGCAACGUCUGGAUGCAGGGUACCAACAUCCACUCCCAGGGCUCCAAGUGCACUUCUGACAUGGACACCUGCGUCUUCAAGUGCAAGGACGAGAGCGCUCAAUCUUGCGAGAAGGGCUACGAGCUGUACAACUGCGACGCCGGCAACGGUGGCGGCGGUGGCUACGACCCCAUCAUGGACGGCACGGGCGGUGGCUGCUCCAUGGGCUCCUCCGGCGAGCACGUCAAGGUCACCUUCUCCUAGACGCACAUUUCUCAAUUCGUUCCUUUUCACUGGGUUCUGGGAGGUCGGAGUUGCGCGCACCAUACAUACACACUUUGUCCAUAUUUACCAUUCUCGGGGGGGGAUGCUAGCCCGUUCGUCACCGUUUCCAGCCCGCUGCUUAUAUGCUUCCGAACAUACCUAUCGAGAUACCCCUGUACCGGACGAUUCCCUUUGCUAGAGGGGUGGGGUUGAGCAUCUAGCCAUCCAUUGCGUUGGAUGCAUCCGAUGCUGGUGGUGAUUAUGAUGAUGGAUUCGGCGACCAAUGGGUUCACCAUUGCUAUCGUCCCAUUUGACUCAAUGUAUAUCUUGUUUAACUGUCUAAAGUCGAUGGAAUCUAAAAGUUCAUAACACGUACUG